AUGCGGCUCGGCUGGUACGCCGGGGUCUCGACGGCCCUGGCCGGCGGAGUGAUUGUGUCCGCCUUUCAGCAAAGAGCCAACUUCUACUCGGCCAUGGUCUAUCUGGCCCAGAGCAACUUCUGCCUGCUGGCCUUGGUCAACUUUACGCUGCUCCUCUACAGCAGCUUCAUCUACGGCCUGACGCGACUAUGUUAUGGCACACUUCGAGCAGUCGAGGUCGAGCAGCUGACGGAGCGGGCUUGGUUCGCAAUCACCGAGACGUGCCUCGCCAUGACCAUAUUCAGGGAGGAGAUAGGAGCUUGGUUCCUUGUCAUGUUUACGGCCCUGGUGACAGGCAAGGUCUGGGGCUGGAUAGGUGAUGGACGAGUGGAAUUUCUCGAGCAGCAACCGCCGCCGAACCCACGUCUCUUCCACCUUCGCCUCAGCGUCUCUCUCACCAUGAGCUUCCUAUACGACGUCUGGAUCCUCCGAUACACCAUCAACAGCGUUAUCCAGCAGGCACGUCCAAACAUGAUGGUCAUGUUUCUCUUCGAGUUCGCUGUGCUGGCCACCUGUUCCUGGCGCACCGGAGCUCGAUAUAUCCUCUCACUGGCGGAACAGAACAUUAUCCAGACGCAAACUCGUAAGAGGCUACUUGAGCGAAGACAAGAGGUUCGGGAGCGACGCGAAGCCCUCAUACGGGAUCGGGAACUGGCUGCUGCCGCCGGGCAAGACCCACCGACCGACCAGGAGCCACUCCCGAGCGAAGACGACAUCGACGAGAUGGACAUUGAAGUUCCAGGAUGGGCUGCCAAGGGAGAAUGGGUCUUGUGGCUCGAUCUUUUGACCGACAUGAUCAAACUGGGCAUCUAUGUCGCCUUCUUCGUCAUGUUACUCACCUUCUAUGGCCUGCCCAUACACAUCAUGCGAGACUUGUUUAUGACGUCGCGAGACUUUGUUAAGCGACUCAACGCGCUCUUGCGCUACAGGCGAGCGAUUCAGGAGAUGAAUCGUUACCACGAUGCAACUGCCGACGACCUUGCCCAGGAGAACACUUGCAUAAUUUGCAGGGAGGAGAUGCGGCCCUGGGAUCCGGCAAGCAAUCCGGGUGCCAUUGACCGAAUACGCCCGAAGAAGUUGCCCUGCGGCCAUAUUCUACAUCUGGGCUGCCUCAAGAGCUGGCUCGAGCGACAACAAGUGUGCCCGACCUGCAGGAGCCCCGUCACGGCGGAUCGUCCACGUGGGCCUCAACAACGCGGAGCUGGUCUUCGGAUACAGUUUGGAGGCCGGGCAGCGGCGAAUGCUGCUCAACAGCCCGCCGGGGGUGCCCCGGCGCAGGAUGGCCAGGGGCGUCCCAAUGAAGCACCACAGCCACCAGGAGGGCAGGGCCCCAGAGUCUUCAAUCUGGGCCCAAUCCGACUCGGGUUCGGAGCCAACGGACAGCAAGUUCGAGAGCUUGCUCAACAGUUCGGCAUGCCGCAGAUUGCUGGUAACCAGGCAGCAGCGCAACCGACCCCGACUCCGACGCAGCAGCCCCAGGCUACGUUGGGAGACAACCUCCAGAGUAUUGGCAGUCUCAUCCAGCAGUCAGAACAGAUGGUCCAAAGGGAAAUGCAGCGCCUGCAAGUUGCCCAGCAAGAACUUCAGGUCGCUCACCUCCUUAUGGCGGAGUUGCAGCGGUUGCAGCAGCGCCGGCAGCAACCCCCGGACCAGGCGCAGCCACACGGCUUGGCUCCGAACCUGCCUCCCAACUUCCCCUUCGCCGGCGCACCACAGUUUCACAUGCCCACUCCGGGUGCUCCUGGGCAGUUUGUCGGGCUCCCACCCUUGCCAGGCAUGCCGGCACGAACGGGUAGCCCGCUCUUGGCUCGAUUUGCGGCCCCGUCUGCGAAUCCAGUCGCUGUUCCAGCUGGCAGUCCAGACCUUCCCGAAGGAUUAGCUCUACCGGCUGGAUGGUCCUUGGUGCCUCUGCAACGGACGGACGUGGCGACGAGCCACACGCAGGCCGCUCCGCAGACCAGCGACCCUGCAAUGACCGCGGAAGGCGUGGGCGCGAGUCGAGGUCCAGACGUCUCGUCUAACGAAGCAACCGUUGGGACGUCGAUCUUGGCCCAAAGUAACGACUCUGGAAGCAAUAAUGGACCGGUAAACUCGAUUCCAGGUCAGGAUGUGCCUUCGACUGCGGCGACGGCCGGCUCAUCACCUUCUCGCCCUCUACCUGAUGAUUCUGCCGCGUCCACGACUGACACGGGGACUCAGGCGACAGGGCAGACCUCUGGUGCCGGCUUGCAGACGCCUGUCGUGGCGCCAAGCCCUAUGAUGCCAAAUUGGGGCGGCUCAGCACAGCUCUUUAACAAUGCGAGAUCUCUUGAUCCAGGCGAGAACGCACACUCCCAGGCACCUGCCGGUGAUGAUAUGGCUGGUCACAACGGACACGAGAAAGAGCGGUCCGAUGGCGACGAGCCUGCGAUAGCUUCUCCCGAGACCCGUGGCGAUGUGGGCACUGCACUCGUGGAGGAUCAAUCCGCCGGCCCGUCUGUGAAGGGCAAGGCAAGGGCAGUCACGGUUGAGGAAGCCCAGGACGAACAGGAAUGA